UCUCCUAUGUUCUUUUUCCUUUUUUUUCGUCCCUUCGUUUUAUAGCGAGAACGCUUAAGAGACUCAAGAACACGUUCUCCUUUUUUGAGCCGCAAUCUGUCACUAAGUUUCCAAAGGUGAUCUUCAGCAGCAAUGGCCCGUACCAAGCAGACCGCCCGUAAAUCCACUGGAGGCAAAGCCCCCCGUAAGCAGCUGGCCACAAAGGCUGCUCGCAAAAGCGCCCCGUCCACUGGCGGCGUCAAGAAGCCCCAUCGUUAUAGGCCCGGUACCGUGGCUCUGCGUGAGAUCCGUCGUUAUCAGAAGUCCACCGAGCUGCUGAUCCGCAAGCUGCCCUUCCAGCGCCUGGUGAGAGAAAUCGCCCAGGACUUCAAGACCGAUCUGCGUUUCCAGAGCGCCGCCAUUGGGGCUCUGCAGGAGGCCAGCGAGGCCUACCUGGUGGGUCUGUUUGAGGACACCAACUUGUGCGCCAUCCACGCCAAGCGCGUCACCAUCAUGCCCAAAGACAUCCAGCUGGCCCGUCGUAUCCGCGGCGAGCGCGCUUAAAACCGUCUUCUGAUGUCACACGCUCGUCCUUCGUCGUCCCCGUCGCCACUCUUUACACCCCUAUCCUCCCUCUAUACUUAGUAGUUUGGUUUGAGGUCCUAUAUAUAUAUAUAUAUAUAUAUCGUAUGAUUGUAAUAACCGUAAAAUGUGUGAUCAUGUCUCCUUUGGUGCUACUAGUAGCUUAGAGAUAUCUUUGUGUAUGUUUGACCUUUUGAAUCAGUUACAGUCACUUUUCGCUCACAGGUGCACUUGAUGUCUCCAUAAGAUGCAUAAGGUGAGAAUAGUGUGUAAUUUAAGAUGAACAUAGGAAACUGCAUUCAGGUUCAGACAUUUUCAUCUUUAGAUGGACAUUUACAUUGAUAUAUAAUGGGUCUUUUGAUUUAGAUUUUAAAUAUAGAUUCGUUGUAAAGUAGUGACUUAUCAUCUCUUCUUUUUUUUUUACAAUAAUGGUGUAUUUCUACUGUUAGUGUUAAAUGUAUGAAAAUACAAGUUAGAUUCUGCUUGUCAAUUAAAAAAACGUCAUUGUGCUAUGAUGACACUGCAUUUUUGGCAGAAUCAGCGGCGUAUAUGUAGCAGACCUAUGGUGAUCAUAUUUUUGAUUUUCAGCCCUGUAAUUAUGUCCAGGUAAUGUUUUGACUUUUUGUUCCUCUCUCAGGUUGAUAUGAUGACCUAUUAUUUUAUUUUUUUCUACUGUGUUUUGGAUUUAUGUUUUCAGUCAUUUUUAAAAGCAAAAAUAUUUGUACUCAAAAUUCACAAACAAACAUAAUAAACAGAUUCUUGUGGUUACAUAA